UUACCAAACCUCAUUUAGCUGCUUCCUAGUUCUUUUCAAGUGGCCAGUGAUUCAAAUCCUACCUUUUGUAGUUUAUUGCUUUUUGUUUCAGGAGUCCUUCAAAGUUCAAAGACUUGUUCUUUGAUUGAUUUGAUUAGUCUCUGAAAAUGAAACUGCAGGGUCACACAUUGCUGCAAAGAGCAGCACUAACUACUUUUCCUUUCAAUUUCACCUCUAAUGGCACCACCACAACCCUAACCCUCUCUGGCUUUCGAUGCCACCAAAGUCUUCCUCAUAAACGCCUCAGAUUCAUUCCCACUUACACCAACACGGGACCCUCGCCACGUGUUGAUGUCAAUAACAACCAGUUACAACAAGAAGAGCAAGAUGAUCUAGAGGCCUGCGUUGAGAAGAUUAUAUAUAGAUGCCGCUUCUUGGCUACUUUUGGAGUCUUUGGUUAUUUAAUUGUGGAAAUUAAUCGUGAAUCGGGUGAUGACAUUUUGUACUAUUUAAAGAAUUUCAUUUUUGUUGUUAGUUGGUAGAGGACAAGCAUAGAAUUUAUUAUAUAUAACGUGACUUGUAAUUUUGAACUCUUAAAUUCCUUCCGUUCUUUUAUCCAUAUAAAAAGAGUUCUCUAGUGUUUUCUUU